UGGCAGGUCUGAGAACAUAGCUGAAGCUGAAAAUAGGAAAGCUGGGGGCAAGGAAGAGCCUUGAAUCUUGAGGUGGGACGUUGACUCUAAGAUGUCCUUGAGCAGUGGAGCCUCCGGAGGGAAAGGAGUGGAUGCAAACCCUGUUGAGACAUACGACAGUGGGGAUGAAUGGGACAUUGGAGUAGGGAAUCUCAUCAUUGACCUGGACGCCGAUCUGGAAAAGGACCAGCAGAAACUGGAAAUGUCAGGCUCAAAGGAGGUGGGGAUACCGGCUCCCAAUGCUGUGGCCACACUACCAGACAACAUCAAGUUUGUGACCCCAGUGCCAGGUCCUCAAGGGAAGGAAGGCAAAUCGAAAUCCAAAAGGAAUAAGAGUGGCAAAGACACUAGCAAACCCACUCCAGGGACUUCCCUGUUCACUCCAAGUGAGGGGGCAGCUAGCAAGAAAGAGGUGCAGGGGCGCUCAGGAGAUGGUGCCAAUGCAGGAGGUCUGGUUGCUGCUGUUGCUCCCAAGGGCUCAGAGAAGGCGGCUAAGGCAUCCCGCAGUGUAGCUGGCUCCAAAAAGGAGAAGGAGAACAGCUCGUCUAAGAGCAAGAAGGAGAGAAGCGAAGGAGUGGGGACUUGUUCAGAGAAGGAUCCUGGGGUCCUCCAGCCAGUUUCCUUGGGAGGACGGGGUGGUCAGUAUGAUGGAAGUGCAGGGGUGGAUACAGGAACUGUGGAGCCACUUGGGAGUAUAGCUAUUGAGCCUGGGGCAGCGCUCAAUCCUUUGGGAGCUAAACCGGAGCCAGAGGAAGGGGAGAAUGAGUGUCGGCCGCUAAAGAAAGUCAAGUCUGAAAAGAUGGAGUCCCCCGUCUCCACACCAGCAGUGCUGCCACUGCACCUUUUGGUGCCAGUGGUCAAUAAUGACAUCUCAUCCCCCUGUGAGCAGAUCAUGGUUCGCACCCGUUCAGUCGGAGUCAACACAUGUGACGUGUCUCUAGCCACAGAGCCUGAGUGCUUGGGCCCCUGUGAACCUGGAACCAGUGUCAACCUUGAAGGUAUCGUGUGGCAGGAAACGGAAGAUGGGAUGUUGGUGGUAAAUGUAACGUGGAGGAACAAGACAUAUGUAGGUACACUUCUUGACUGUACACGGCAUGAUUGGGCACCCCCAAGGUUUUGUGACUCCCCCACCAGUGACUUGGAAAUGCGCAACGGUCGAGGUAGAGGCAAACGCAUGCGUCCCAACAGUAACACACCUGUCAAUGAGACAGCCACAGCCUCUGACAGUAAAGGAACCAGUAGCAGCAGCAAAACCCGAGCAGGAGCCAACAGCAAAGGCCGGCGGGGCAGCCAGAAUUCCUCAGAGCAUCGCCCACCUGCCAGUAGCACCUCUGAGGAUGUCAAGGCCAGCCCGUCCUCAGCGAACAAGCGGAAAAACAAACCCCUUUCAGACAUGGAGCUGAAUUCCAGCUCGGAGGACUCCAAAGGGAGCAAGCGUGUCCGGACCAACUCCCUGGGCUCAGCCCCUGGCCCCAUCCCUGGGAGCAAGGUGGAACCCACUGUUAUGGACAGAAAUUGUCCCUCCCCAGUCCUGAUUGACUGUCCCCACCCAAACUGCAACAAGAAGUACAAGCACAUCAACGGACUUAAAUACCACCAAGCUCAUGCACAUACAGAUGAUGACAGCAAGCCAGAAGCAGAUGGAGACAGUGAGUAUGGAGAGGAGCCCACCCUCCAUGCAGACCUUGGGAGCUGCAAUGGUGCAUCUGUGUCUCAGAAAGGGUCCUUGUCCCCUGCCCGCUCAGCUACCCCCAAAGUUCGGCUUGUGGAACCUCAUAGCCCUUCUCCUUCAAGCAAAUUCAGCACAAAAGGCCUUUGUAAGAAAAAGUUGAGUGGGGAAGGGGACACAGACCUCGGCGCCUUAUCCAAUGAUGGCUCUGAUGAUGGACCCUCUGUGAUGGAUGAAACAAGCAAUGAUGCCUUUGAUUCUUUGGAAAGGAAGUGUGUGGAAAAAGAAAAAUGUAAAAAACCGUCUAGUUUGAAACCCGAAAAGAUUCCUCCCAAGAGCUUAAAGUCAGCCCGGCCCAUUGCCCCUGCCCUGCCCCCACAGCCUGUCUACACCUUCCAGACAGCCACCUUCACUGCAGCAAGCCCAGGCUCGUCCUCCGGCCUGACUGCCACAGUGGUGCAAGCCAUGCCUAACAGUCCCCAGCUCAAGCCCAUUCAGCCCAAGCCCACUGUCAUGGGAGAACCUUUCUCAGUCAACCCUGCCUUGACUCCAGCCAAGGACAAGAAAAAGAAAGACAAAAAAAAGAAGGACUCUUCAAAAGAGCUUGAGAGCCCUCUGACCCCUGGGAAGGUGUGUCGUGCCGAAGAAGGCAAAAGCCCGUUCAGGGAAUCAUCAGGAGAUGGGGUGAAAAUGGAGGGACUCCUGAACGGCUCGGCAGACCCCCAUCAGAGCCGACUGGCUAGCAUCAAGGCUGAAGCUGACAAGAUUUACAGCUUCACGGACAACGCCCCCAGCCCCUCCAUCGGAGGCAGCAGCCGCCUAGACACCACCACCCCCACCCAGCCCCUGACUCCCUUACAUGUGGUCACCCAGAACGGAGCUGAAGCUGGCUCGGUCAAAACCAACAGCCCCGCAUACUCCGACAUCUCUGAUGCUGGGGAGGAUGGGGAGGGCAAGAUGGACAGUGUCAAACCAAAGGACACUGAACAGCUGGGUAAGGAAGGGGCCAAGAAAGCCCUGUUCCCCCCCCAGCCACAGAACAAAGACUCGCCGUACUACCAAGGCUUUGAGAGCUACUACUCUCCGGGGUACCCACAGUCCAGCCCAGGGACCCUGAACCCCAGCAGCCAGACAGCCUUGGAGAGCCAGGCCCUGAAGACCAGACAAGACGAGGAGCCUGAGAGCGUGGAGGGGAAAGCAAAGAGUGACGUCUGUGAGGAAAAGAAGCCGGAGCUGAGCAGCUCCAGCCAGCAGCCCUCAGUCAUCCAGCAGCGCCCCAACAUGUACAUGCAGCCCCUGUACUAUAGCCAGUACGCCUACGUGCCCCCCUACGGCUACGGUGACCAGAGCUACCACACCCACCUCUUGAGCACCAGCACAGCCUAUCGGCAGCAGUACGAAGAGCAGCAGAAACGGCAGAGCUUAGAGCAGCAGCAGCGGGGCCUGGACAAGAAGGCCGAGAUGGGCCUGAAGGAGCGGGAGGCAGCACUCAAGGAGGAGUGGAAGCAGAAGCCGUCCGUUCCCCCCUCUCUCACCAAGGCCCCCAGCCUGACAGACCUUGUGAAGUCAGGGCCUGGCAAGCCCAAGGAGCCAGGGGCUGACCCAGCCAAGUCAGUCAUCAUUCCCAAGUCAGACGACACUUCAAAACUCCCCAGUCAGACCCCUGAAGGCCUCAAAGUGAAGCUGAGUGAGGCCAGCCACCUGGGCAAGGAGGCCUGUGAGGCUAAGACAGGUGCUGAGUGUGGGCGACAGGCAGAGGUGGAUCCCAUACUCUGGUACCGGCAGGAGGCAGAGCCCCGGAUGUGGACGUAUGUUUAUCCUGCCAAAUACUCAGACAUCAAGGCAGAGGACGAGCGGUGGAAAGAGGAACGGGACCGCAAGUUGAAAGAGGAAAGGAGUCGGAGUAAGGACUCUGUUCCCAGGGAAGAUGGGAAGGAAAGCACGAGCAGUGACUGCAAGCUGCCCACGUCGGAGGAAUCCCGCCUUGGGAGCAAGGAGCCCCGCCCAAGUGUCCAUGUGCCUGUGUCCUCCCCCCUCACCCAGCACCAGUCCUACCUUCCCUACAUGCACGGCUACUCCUACAGCCAGUCCUAUGACCCCAACCACCCCAGCUACCGCAGCAUGCCUGCUGUGAUGAUGCAGAACUACCCAGGUUCCUACUUGCCUUCCAGCUACUCUUUCUCCCCAUACGGCAGCAAGGUCUCAGGUGGUGAAGAUGCCGACAAGGCCCGAGCCAGCCCCAGUGUUGGUUGUAAAUCCAGCUCAGAGUCCAAAGCCCUGGACAUCUUGCAGCAGCAUGCCAGUCACUACAAGAGCAAGUCUCCCACGAUAAGUGAUAAAACUUCUCAGGAGAGAGAUCGGGGAGGCUGUGGGGUAGUUGGGGGUGGUGGCAGCUGCAGCAGCGUCGGGGGAGCAGGCGGGGGUGAAAGGAGCGUGGACCGGCCUCGCAGCUCCCCCUCCCAGCGUCUGAUGUCCACACACCACCACCACCACCACUUGGGCUACUCAUUGCUCCCAGCACAAUACAACUUACCCUACGCAGCAGGGCUUUCUUCUACAGCCAUUGUUGCCAGCCAACAAGGCUCAACUCCCUCACUCUACCCACCCCCCAGGAGGUGAGAACGAACACCAAGUGCCCGGAUAAAGUCAGCUCCCCGGGCCCGGACCGGCUCACCGAGGAGGUGCUGGAGGUGCCACUUAGACAUCAGCCGACUGGUGUUGAUCGUCCUGUCUGCCGCUCCCGCCGUGGCGAAGGCAGACCCUUGGCUGUCUCGCCUCUACCAGACCUCCGGACUCCCUGACCCACCCUCUUCCUCAGGAGCUGGAGAGCUGGUACUUAGCAAAAUAUUUAUUCUCUCGGCCACAGUCGUGACCGCUGCGGCCUCCGUGGAGAUGAAGGCACGGGGAGCAACCAGGGGAACGUGGCCUCAGCCCAGAGAAGUCACUGCUCUGUUCCCUGGUCCCCUGGUCUGCUGCCGGGGGAAUACCCACCCCCCACCAGGGAGGGAUCCCCAAGACUGGGUAAGGUCUGAAGACAGCACAGCAGCCAUACCC